AUGCCGACACAGAGAAAGUACACAGCAUGGUGGCUCAUGCCUGUAAUCCCCACACUUUGGGAGGCCAAAGUGGGUGGAUGGCUUGAGCCCAGGAGUUUGAGACCAGCCUGGGCAACAAGCCAGGCAUGGCGGCACACACUUGUGGUCCCAGCUACUUGGGAGGCU